GUUACUGAGUGGUUAGGCACGCUUUCCUCUCGUCCCCUGGCUGACAGACAUCCUUUUAAUUCCCUGUUUAUAAGGGACGACCACACUGCUUCGAUCUGAAGAGUAAAGCUCAGAGGCUGGAUUGGUAAACCUCCCGAGACUGCUGACUCCACCCGGAGCGUUCAGUCUAGUCGUACACACAAUACAGGCUGUGUAACACAUACGAGCGAAUCAGUCGCCAGCGGACUUUGCAACAGUAUUGCUUGUCAGUUUUAUUGCUCAGGAUUGCUUAUUUUAUUUUUUGAUUUGUUUAUUUCACUUACAAAAGCAGGUAAGAAACUGGGGUGAAGAUUCAAGCACCACGCUGUGGGAUACAUUUAAAUACUGGGAAGGUUUUUGAUAUAUACGCGUGUUACUGACACCGUGGGAGGUCACUUUAUACAUUAGGUCAAUGCAAACUGAUGACCAGGUCGGCUCUGACUUGAAAACUUGAAAGAGCUGACAUCUACCUCACAUGAUUAUGACGGUCUUGUUGACAUUUUGAAGAAGACUGCAGUCACGGUUGCUAUGGAAAUGACUCUGAGAUCGAUUUGUAAUGUUAAUGUGGUAUUAGCAUUAGGAGGAGACGCCAGGACCAAGGGGACUCUCUGAGCCUUGCAGAAGAAGGAGGGAGAGAGCUGUGGACUGGGCUGGGCUUGACCCCGGGUGUGUCCGAGGCGAUGUUAAGGGACGGCAGGCGCUGUCGCACUGAACGGAGCCUGCACUGUUGAAGAGAGAAAGCCAGGCAGAAUGGCGGUGGCUGGCGCAGAUAAGUUCCACUGGCAGAGCCUGGCACCGCUGCCCAGCGGACGCGUCUACCACUCCCUGGUGGAGGCGGGGGGGCAGCUGUUCGUGGUGGGGGGGUGCGACGAGAGCGGGCGCCCGAGGAGUGCCCUGGAGCUGUAUUGCCCCGAGGUGGACCAGUGGAUCAGCCUGCCUCCCAUGCCUACGCCCCGUGCAGGGGCAGCCACAGCCGUCCUGGGCAAGCGGCUGGUUGUGGUGGGAGGCAUGGGGCCAGACCAGCGCCCCCUCAAGGCCGUAGAGGUGUACAACACAGACGAAGGCAAGUGGAGGAAGAGGAGCUCUCUGAGAGCAGCAGCUAUGGGAAUCUCUGUGACUGUGAAAGACGGCCGGGUGUUUGCAGCAGGAGGGAUGGGGGGGGACCUGUACCCCCAGAACCUCCUCCAGCAGUAUGACCUCCGCAAGGAUGUGUGGAUGACCCUGCCACGCAUGCCAACCCCCCGCUACGACACCACCACCUUCAUCCAGGGCUCCAAGAUCUACGUGCUCGGUGGACGGCAGUCAAAGCGUUCGGUCGCCGCUUUUGAGGCGUUUGACACGGAGAGCCGCUCGUGGGCCCCCCUUCCCAGCAUCCCCAGCAAGAGGGCCUACUCGGGCCUGGUCCUGGACGAGGGGGGGAGUCUGUACUGCCUGGGGGGGCUCCGGCAAGGGGGGGUCCACCAGCGGCCCAAAUUCACCAAGAACAUCAACAUCUUCGACAUCCAGCAAGGACUCUGGCUCAAGGCUGAGCGUUCUCUCUCAAUGAAGACCAAGCGUGCUGACUUUGCGUCAGGCUACCUGUGUGGGAGGGUUAUCGUGGCAGGGGGCCUGGGUAACCAGCCGACUGUGCUGGGCUCUGUGGAAGCUUUUCUUCCUGGGAAGAAGAAAUGGGAACUCCUGCCCUCCCUCCCUACCCCCCGAUGCUCCGCCUCCAGCAUCAUGUUCCACGACCGCCUCCUGGUGGUGGGCGGGGUCAGCCAGGGCCCAAGCUGCGCUGUGGAGGCAUUGAGUGUGCAGGAGGGGGAGGGGCCUUGACCUGCACUACCCCCCCACCCUUCCCUCUCAGAACAUUGCUAAGCUGCAGUUGAAGUGGAUUUGUGUUCCCUGCCUUUAUAAAGACCCGUUACGAAGAGCGACUGAGCUGAAGCCCCAAGAGAUUUUUUUUUUGUAUUUUAAAAUGGAUUUAAAUGGGUAUAUACGCAAAAGAUGCUGUAAAACACAAAAUAAGGUGCCAAUCUAUCUAUUUAAGAAUACUGUUAAAAACUCAAAUAAAUGCUUUAUGCUAUU